CCCCUUGAUCCUCAGUGGAAGAACAUCAGCAGAGCAUGUAGGUGAAAUAAGUGAUUUUGAAGAUCAAAAUUUCUCCUUUGUUUCCCAAAGAGGCAGACGCUGUAAACAUCUCUUGAUCACAACUUUGUUCAGCACAUUAAUAGAUGCCUUGGCUCAAGAUGACUUCAGUUAAUUUGACCAGUGAAGACAGUGAUAUGCAGCUUGUUGACAUGGACUUGACUGGUCCUGCCAGCACCCCAAACCAGCAGACUGAACAGCCAGGUAGUGCUGAGCAACAGACCAUGAGAGUCUACCUCAGAGUCCGGCCCUUCUCUAGAGAGGAACGCUCUGACAAGGAGGACCAGGGCUGUGUAGUGAUUGAAAACAGUCAGAUAGUGACACUGAAUGCACCAAAAGGUUCUGCAACCAUGAAGAGCAGCGAGAAAGGCAUCGGCAUGUCACUGCACAAGUUUUCCUUCUCACAGAUAUUUGGACCAGAGACAACACAGUCUGAGCUAUUUGAGGACACUGUCAAAAGUCAAACGUCUGAUUUCUUGGAUGGGAACAAUGCACUGAUAUUCAGUUAUGGAGUUACCAAUGCUGGGAAAACCUACACAAUCCAAGGGACUCCAAAAGACCCGGGAAUACUUCCACGAGUGCUGGAUGCCACAUUUCACUACAUAGGAGUCCAUCAGUAUGAGGGGAUGGACCUGAAACCUUAUCUCAGGAAUGAUGCACAAUAUCUGGAUCCUGACCAAGUCAAGCAGGAGAGAAGUGCUAAAGCUGCCAUUUUGGUUUCAGUCAAAGAAGAGUCUGAUCCUCUCAGAGCCAGUGGUGGUUUAGAGUCCCGAUCCUCCACCAGUUCCUCAUCCUCCUCUUUGUCCUACCAACAAUCCGCGUUGGCAAGCAACCCAACAGAAGCAGGCAGCAGCCAGUUUGCAUUAUGGGUGGCAUUCUUUGAAAUCUACAAUGAGUGUGUGUAUGAUCUGCUUCAACCUUCAACCCUCUGCUCCAAGUCCAAGAAACGCGCUGCUCUUCGAGUGUGUGAUGACGGCGCUGGAAAUGCUUAUGUUAAGGAUCUGCGGUGGAUUAACAUCCAGACCCUGGGAGAAGCCUCCAAGCUGCUACAGUUUGGAAACAAAAACAGAAGUGCUGCAGCCACAAAGAUGAACCAGUCAUCUAGCAGAAGCCACAGCAUAUUUACCAUGAAGCUACUGAAGAUCGAUGGCAGCACAGUUCAGAGGAUCUCAGAGUUUUCUCUGUGUGACCUGGCUGGCUCAGAAAGAUGCAACAAAACCAAGACAAUCGGGGAGAGGCUGAAGGAGGCGGGGAACAUAAACAACUCCCUGCUCAUUCUGGGGAAAUGCAUCACUGCCCUCCGCAACAGUCAGACUGACAGAAUGAAGAGCAGCUACAUUCCCUUCAGAGAGAGUAAACUCACCAAGCUCUUCCAGGCCGUUUUCUGCGGCAAAGGAAAAGCCUCGAUGAUCGUCAACAUCAACCAGUGUGCUUCCACCUACGACGAGACUCUCCAUGUGAUGAAGUUCUCUGCUGUUGCCAAACAGGUGGUGCAGGUGAUCCCUGACAAGCCUCUGGGAUCUCUGUCUCCUUGUCUGGUCGGCCGUGAUGGAAAACCUCUGGUGAGGAACGGUGUGAUCGACAGCGAGGCCCUGGAGAGCUACCUGUCUGAGGAUGAGCUGCUGGACGAUGAAGAUGAGGCGGACAUGUCUUUGCUGCCACAGAAUGAGCUGGUUAAUAUGAUUGAGAGCCUGCGAACAAAACUGGUGGCUGAGCGAAGAAGACACCUUGUUCAGGAGAUGGAGAUCCGGAAGGAAAUGGGAGAUGCCAUGUUACAGCAGCUCAUGGAGAGCGAAGAACUCCGCGUUCGGCAGAUAGAAGAGCAGAAGGAGAUCUUCCAAGUAAAGCUGGAGAACACCUUUGAGAUGUACAAGGACGCUAUCAAAGAGCACGCCUACCAGUCUGCUAUGAACAAUCUGGAAGAUGACUAUGUUCCUCUGGACGAGUUCACUGCCGAACAGGAGAAAGUGGAGGCCCUGAAACGUAAAGUGUCAGAGUUGGAGAUCCUAACGUCCAGUAUCGGAGGAGGAGUGUGUCCAGUUCCAACAGCAGACAAGUCCUGCCAGAGUCCAGCAUCUAAAGGAACAGAAGCAGCAGUGGAUGAUCGAUGCAAACGGCUCUUCAAAGAGAAAUGUGCCCUAGAGGGGAUGUGUGAGGACAAACAAAGGUUGAUUUUGUCCUUAGAGAAAAGGCUGUUGGAGAUGAAUGAAACGCUACAAAUGGUCCGAGAUGGCUUCCUCGAGAAAUCAGCCAGUCUAGAGGUUUUACAGAUAAAGUUUGAUGAUCAGACAAAAUCUAUGAAUGAGAUCCAGCAGCAGAACACUGAGAAGGACCGGGAGAUCGCCUCACUCAAGGCAGAACUUGCCAAAGUCCCCCAGAAGUCCCCCGUGCAGCCCAAAACCAAGAGGAGCCUGCUGGCCAACAUCAGGGAGGCCGUGACGUCUCCACGGAAGGGAACGUCUGGUCGGACGCUCAGGAAAACCGUCAGAAUCGCACACAACUGAAAAGCUAUUUUGGCAUUUUUUUAACUUUACAUUUACAGUUUUAAGGUCCCUGGAAAGGAGUGUUUGUUUGUUAUAAUGGCAUUUUUAUGUAUAUUUGUUUUUUAAAUGUUUUUAAUAAAAUGUAAUUGCUCAAA